AUUUGAUGAGUUUGACGAGGGGAAGCAAAAAUACCAUUCACUUCCAUUGUGUCCGUCCCGAAAACCUUCCCCGACUAACCUCUGAAUAAACAAUAGCUCUUUAAAUCUUUUAUCACUGUUUUAGCCUGUUAUCACUUUACACUGGGAAAACACCGUGGGAGUAUCCACACACAGUGAGAACAUGCAAACUCCACUCAGAGAACCCCCCAAGUUCAAUCUACGGUCAAACAUGGACUAUCUUCCUCUCACAGUCCUCUCUAUGACCUUCAUUCACCUGCACCAUUCUAAUGUUUUAUGUCGAUUGUUUUAUAUUGUUCGUCUUUAGGUAUUUUAGCACUGUUCAUUUGUACCUUUGUGUUUGCUGCUACCAACAGGUCCCUCUUGAAAAUGAGACCCUGGGUCUCAGUAGGGCCAACCUGUUUAAAUAAAGGUUAAAAAAAAAAAAAAAAAAAACUUUUCUAAACCUACACUAUUUUUCAAAUGCUGUUAUCUCUUAACUCAAACCAACUAAAGAAGGGAGAACAAUAAAAAACAGUAAAUAAAAAAAAAAAAUCGGCGAAACAGAUAAAACAGGAAAACGAUUAAAAAAGAAAAUGGCUAACACUUCAUAUAUAGAUAAAAUAUUGAAAUAUACUUUAAAAAGAAAAAAAACAAGGAUAAUUAGAACGGAUAAAGCAGCAAAAUGUUAUAAAGAAACUACAAAAAAACCCUUUAAAUCUAAUAAAGAGCACUUUUCUAAAUUGUAGUGAGAAACUUUAUGACAGAUUUUUUCAAAAUAAGACGAGAAUUUUAUGAAUGAGGCGUCCGCUCUUCAGACACGCCCAUAUGACGUCACGGUAGGAACUGACGUUGCCGCGUGAUUGCUCAGUAGUUUAGUUAGAUUGUAGCUCAGAACACGUACAGUAUGAACACUGGGAGAUCUUCUGAGGAGGAGGACUGUCCUUUCUGUCAAAUAGCAAACAAUCAGACCGACACGGAAAUCCUCGAGAGCGAUGACGAGCUGCUCUGUUUCCGGGACGUGAAGCCUGGAGCCGUCCAUCAUUUUCUCGUCAUCUCCAGGAUUCAUAUCGACAACUGCAAAUGUCUCAAACAGAACCACAUAGCUCUUGUGGAGCGGAUGGAAAAAAUGGGAAGGAGUGCUCUAGAGAAAGUCUGUGACCUAAAAGACAUAAGGCUGGGAUUUCAUAUACCUCCGUUCUCAUCGGUGCCACACCUCCACCUCCACGCUCUGGCUCCAGCCAGCCAGAUGGCCUUCAAGUCACAGCUUCGCUAUGGACCACAGUCUCACUGGUUCAUCACGGUAGAGGAAGUGCUCACUCAGCUGAAGAGGAAUGGCAAGGUCACAUGAAAAGAUAUAAAGUGUCAUUACGGUGCAAUAUUAUGAUCAAGACGAUAAGUUAAGUAUUUUAAAUGGAUGCUUUGUGCAAUUUUAAAGCAGUUCUCUGGCUGCAUUGCCAUUUUUCACUUUACAUGUUAGAACCAUAUCAACUUGUAGAGAACCGUAAGAAAUGAAGUGAAAACUGAGCAUAGGCUGCUUUCAAAAUCAAUUUACUUGAGUUUCUAUAAAGUAACCAUUUGGUAUGAAAAUAUAUUAAUAUUCUGCACUUUUAUGUAUAUAAUAGGCCUUUUAAAACAUCGUUUUAGAUUUUAUAUAUUCUACUUUGUCUUCCUUGAAUAAAGAAACUGGAAUAGUCAACGUGGCUGAUCAAUUUAGCACUUUGUCUUGUAACAACAACAACCUUAAAAUAUGCAUAUU